CGGCCCACUCCGAUAUCGUCCCGUGGAGUUAGGUGUCGACACACCAGUUGUAGUAUGGCGCCCACAAGUGAUAGACUGAUUGGAAAAUUUGGCAGUUAACCGGAUUAAAACCUUGUUAAAAACUGCUUGAUUUGGCCCCUUAGGGUGGUGAUUUUUGCCAUGGCUGCUAUGGAAAAUUCGAUGACGCCGACCAAAGUGCGGUGGAAGGAACCCUCACCUGUUACCUACGGCAAGGUGGAGGUAAAACAGGUAGAGCACAACAUAGCGCCUGUCGGCUUGGAGAGGGUCCACUCUUUCGGGAGUGAGUCGGAACUGGACAUCCACCUCGCCUCGUCCAGAACGAAGCGACCACCAGGCGUCCCACGGGGCGUUUUGGUCAGUUCUUCCGCCGCCAUGUUGACUUCUGACGGUAACAUCACCCCCAGAGACAUCGAGAAAGCUGUGAAAACCAGAGCACGACCAAGAAAAGAGUUUGAGGGCACGCCGUUCUUAAGUAUAGACAACAUAUCACCUGGGACAGUGCUAGCCAGAGCUGAGGAAGAAGCAGCGAAGAGAAAAACUCGGAAACUGAGGAACGCGCUCCACUCCUAUGGCCAGCGCAUACCAUCCUCGUUGGGGGAGGCACUGGAGGCAAAUUUUGGCGUCCCUCCGCCGCCUCCCUCCACCCCCCGGAUGGCGAAUGGUUGGGGCCAGAGAAGCCGAUCCCCCAUGAGAAAAGACAGUGUACCGAGGGCGAAAACUCCUGCUGGGUCCAAGAGACAGAGUCCUUCUAAACCUGACCGCAUGGCGUCAGGUGUGUCCAGAACGUCCACCAGGUGUACCAGUGUGAUGUCCGGACAGCAGGUAGUCUACCGGUCACCAAACUCCAACCCCAGGAAACCUCCGCACAACAUUAAAGCACCCUUCAAACAAGGACCUCUACCGGACAUAGAGAGUCUACAGGAGCGCCCCCUGUCGCCUAGCGAGGAACUGAAGGAGGUAACAGCUCGGGGCGUCCAUCGUGUGAAGAAGGCCCUGCUCCGUGAGCCGUCACCCGAACCUGUCCACAGUGGAGGGCGGCUGCUGAAAGCAAAAUUAAAGCCAUUGUAUCCUGUUACGCAAUUACGCGGACCAACCAUUGGACAAUGUAGGGGUGUACUAGCAGAGCGAUAUGAACAAGAAGAGACCAAGAGCAAGCUGAAGUCUAGAAAGGCGGAACUCCUGGAGCAGCUGCGCGCCAGACAGCUGAUACCUGAGUCCAUCCACCUGACGUCUGAAGCCUCGGAGGUCACUGAUUCAGAAGAAGACGAAGAUGAUGAUGACAAGGAUGACGACGAAGAAGCUGUCAAGCAAUUGGACGGCUUCCAGGAUUCAGAUGACGAAGAGGAUGAUGUACCAGAUGAAGAAGAUGAUGAAGAUGAUAUCGGACCCGGCGGACAUCCUCCCACCACGCCUCCUCCACCGUGUAGUCCAACAGACGAGGCCGCAGACUUCGACUUUCCAACCGUCAACGGUGUUCAACAAAACGGCGAGACAAAAACGGAAGAAGCCGAGGAAAAACCUGACAGUGGAAAAGAAAAUAGGAAAAAGCCAUCAAAGAAAGAGCGAUGCAAAGAGAACAGUGAAAUGAAAGACAGAAGAAAAGACGAUGACGAAGAAGGUGAUGGAGGCAGUACUAGCGGUAGGAAAAAAUCUGGAGGUCCUCGAGUUAAUCGCACGGGUCCAAACUCUGUAGCACGUAAAGAAAGUACUACCACAAAGCCUAACAAUGCUGCUAAUAACGGUGCCAAACAGACGAAGACUAGGAAACAGCCACGCGGGAAAAAGUUUCACGGGCCCGUGUCGUCCAAAGCCAGCAAGCGGAGCCCGAGGAACCCAAAAAGCGCAUGGGAGCUGAAGAGAAUACGCCAACUGAAAUGCGGAAUCUGUGGAACCUUCACGUACAACAUGGUAGACUUUGGUGAGACCACCGGGUAUUGUAUUUGUGAGAAAUGUCACAACAACGAUGGACAACCGGUUAUCCAAGAUAGCCCUAUUGAAGAGCCAAAAGAAGACACCAAACGUAAGAAGAGGAGAGUAAGAUUUGUGGAUGACAAGCCAAAUCCUGAACUAGAAAUCAUGAAGGACAAGUGGAGUAGAUUAGACGAAGACAUCAUGAAAUCUUUACAAACACUAACAUCUCUCAAGUGUUAUAGAGACAGUGGUGAAGAGAUACAAAGACACAAGGAUGACAAUGAUGGAACAAAAGAAAAGUGCAAUAUCAGUAGCGAAGAAGAGUCGGACGAAGAAUACUUCUCGGCAGAUUCAGAUUUUGAAGAUGAAGGUUUCGACAGAACCAAGAUGGCGAUGCCAGACCUAACAGAGUUCAAAGACACUAAAGUUGAGGGGAGUGACAGUGGACAAGGAAGUGACGUUUCGUCGGAGCAAGGCACGAUGGGAAGUGAGGCCGGAAGUGACGUCGGACAGGUGGACGUCAAGGUGGAGUACACCGUCAAACAAAAGAAGAGACCAAAAACGUCCAACGUCCGACCUCAAGAUGUGGAAAUGAUCUGCAGAGAAGUCCGAAAACUGUUGGCCAAUGCAUGGGGGCAGGAAACACUGAAGAACGUGGAAGAGACUCAACCCAAACCUCGGAGAAAGACAACCACAGCGGUAAAGGAAAAGUAA